CCAUACAAACUUGCAUUUUUAUCAGUCCUAUUUUACGCGCAUGUCUUCAACUUUUUGAAAUAUGAAUGAAUAUUACACUACAAACUACACAAAAUGUAACUCAUCUUUUACAAUAUUCGCAACUCCAGAAUUUCUAUCAAUAAGUUCCAAAAUAGAGUUCUCAAUUAUUUUGCCCAUUAAUUUUUUGGGAUUUUAUUGCAUUAUUUUUCAUUCUCCUAAAUAUAUGACCACGUUCAAAUGGCAUUUAUUUCAUCUACAAUUUUGGUUCUUAAUGCUAACAACUUUCUAUUCGCUUCUCACUACGCCAUUUCAAUUCUAUCCUGCACAAGUUCGAUGUUAUAUUGGAUUAUUCAAGUAUCUUGACAUAAGUUCUCAAUAUCAAAUGUGUAUUGUUCAUUUUGUAUACAGUGGAAUUGCAACUGCAGCAAUUGCACUUUUUGAGAAUCGUCAUAAACACUUGGUCCCCUCAACAGAUGUGUUUUAUCAAAUAAGGGAUCAACACAGGAUAUUGAUCGGCAUUUUCAAUUUUUUCGCGGGGGCUACAAAUUCAAUUCCUGUAUUGCUUCAGGAAGAGUCACAAGAGCUUUUAAAAUUGAAAUACUUAGAAAUACUUCCAUGUCCAAUAGAUUUGUAUUUCAAUUCAUGUUCAUUCGCGGUAGUCAAACAAUUUGACAUUUGGAGUGGUUUGGCUUAUUUCACAAAUAUUAUGAUAGCCAUUGAAAUUAUUUUCCUGAUUGUUCACAGUUUUAUAUAUCUUCGCAAAAGUCAGAUGGUUUCCACGUUUUCUGUCCGAACAAAACAACUACAAAAAGCUUUCUUUAAAGCCGCACUUGCUCAGGCUUCAUCUCCGAUUCUUGUACUCGCAGUUCCUGUAUUUUUAGUUGCAUAUGUGAAUUCAACCAGAUACUAUUUACAAGGAUUAAUCAAUGUUUGCAUUUUAUUUAUAUCGGCAAAUAGUGCUAUAUCAACAUUUUCUCUUCUGCUGUUCAAUUCUCCAUACAGAAUAUUCUUUAAAAAUCUGUUAAUUUCGCGAUCUACACCAGAUAUAUUUAACAGUAGAGUUGCAGUGAUUUCAAGUUUAUAGUCAUGUUUUUUAAAGCAAUAAAGUAUCUAUUUA